AUGAACGAUGUCGCAAGUCCUCGAUCGGAUGAAGAUGAAGAUGCCGAUGGCUCUGACGAUGGCGAUUAUGACGCCCCGUCACCCCCCUCCAGAGCCAGCGUCGACUCUCGCCAUAGCAGCGUCUCCUCGGAUGCCUCGUCGGUGCCCCGCAAGCGCAAGGCCGCCGAGCCCGAUGUAGACGAUGACCAAUACAUGCAAGAAAACCCAGAGUUAUAUGGCCUUCGUCGAAGUGGUCGUGCUCGUCCAACUCGUCGAAUCAUCGAGAGCAGUGACGAAGAACAAGACAACAACGACUCUGGCUCAGAUGUCAAUCCCGGCCGCGCCCGCAAACGCUUACGGCCGGCCACCUCGCGCCAUGCCUCAGUCCGUCGAUCCGACUCCGAAUCUGUGUCAGACAGCGAUACUUAUGGUGGUGCACGCGGCCGAGAGUUCGCAAAAAAGCACCGCCGCAGGCUGCAAGGAGCCUCAUCUCGCUCUGCCUCGGGCCUUGCAGGUGACCUUCGCUUCUCUACAAGACAAGCUGGCAAAGUCACGACAUACAACGAGGAAGAUGGCGACGACUUUAGCGAAGAGGACACGGAGAACAUGACACCCAACUACUGGAUUGCUGCUGAGGACAACUCUCCAGCCAUAGAUAUCGUCCUCAACCACAGAGUUGGCGAAGGCAAAGAUACCGAGUAUCCCGAGAAGAACGACUACGAGUUCUUUAUCAAAUGGCAGGGCAAGGCACAUUACCACGCUACAUGGGAGCCCUGGACCGAGCUUAGUUCAGUCCGCGGUUUCCGUCGUCUUGAAAACUACUACCGCAAGGUCGUCGAGGCCGAACACUUCUUGGCUCAAGAUCCCGAUGUAGCACCUGAAGAGCGCGAAAAAUACACACUCGACCGCGAGACGUACCUUGAUGCUCUCGACGACUACAUGAAGGUUGAAAGAGUCAUCGGAGAACAAGUCGGCAAUGACGGCAGAGAAUACUAUGUCAAGUGGAAGUCUCUUCCCUACGACUCUUGCACGUGGGAACCAGAGUCUCUUGUCAGCGAGUUGGCUCAGAACGAGAUUGAUCGCUACCUUGAUCGCUCAUCCCGCCUGCCUACUUCUGACAAGCGCGAAUCGAGUUUAUCCACCCGCUCACCUUACAAGCCCUUCCGUACGCAACCCGACUACAUCAAAUUCGGUCAGCUCAGAGAUUUCCAACUGGCAGGCAUCAACUUCCUCGCACACAAUUGGUGCAAGGGCAACAAUGUCAUUCUUGCAGACGAGAUGGGUCUGGGAAAGACGGUUCAGUCAGUCUCUUUCAUGAGUUGGCUGAUUCAUGACCGUCGUCAAGAGGGUCCUUUCUUGGUUGUCGUGCCACUGUCCACCAUGCCUGCUUGGGCCGAUACAUUUAACAACUGGACGCCGGACAUCAACUACAUUGUAUACAACGGCAACGAGGCUUCUCGCAAAAUUCUUCGCGAACAUGAACUCCUCGUUGAUGGCAACCCGAGAAAGACAAAAUUCAACGUCAUGCUCACGACUUAUGAAUAUAUCCUACUCGACUCUGCCUUCUUGUCCCAGAUGAAGUGGCAGUUCAUGGCUGUAGACGAGGCACAUCGGUUGAAGAACCGAGAUUCGCAGCUUUAUGUCAAGCUCAUGGACUUUGGUGCCCCGAGUCGUCUGCUCAUCACGGGUACGCCUCUGCAGAACGAGCUCAAGGAGCUGUCUGCCCUUAUGGACUUCCUCAUGCCAGGCUUGAUCAAUAUCAACGACGACAUUCCGAUUGACGACUCCGAAGCUACCAGGCAAGCUCUCGACGACUUGAUGAAGGCCAUCUCUCCCUACAUGAUUCGCCGCGUGAAAGAGAAUGUUACCAGUGAUCUGCCGGGCAAGACUGAGAAGAUCAUCCGAGUCGAAUUGUCAGACGUUCAACUGGAGUACUACAAGAACAUCCUCACCCGCAACUACGCCGCUCUGAACUCUGGCACAAAAGGACAAAAGCAGUCGCUACUCAACAUCAUGAUGGAACUCAAGAAAGCCAGUAACCACCCCUUCAUGUUCCCCAACGCAGAGGAUCGCAUUCUUGAGGGCAAGACCGGCAGAGAAGAUCAACUGAAGGCUCUCGUAACGAGCAGUGGAAAGAUGAUGCUUCUCGACCGUCUUCUCACCAGACUGAAGGCUGAUGGCCAUCGUGUGCUUAUUUUCAGUCAGAUGGUCAAGAUGCUUGACAUUGUUGGUGAUUAUCUGCAUCUUCGCGGACACCAAUAUCAACGUCUUGAUGGUACCAUCGCAGCAGGCCCAAGACGUCAGGCCAUCGACCACUUCAACGCUCCUGACAGCAAGGACUUCUGUUUCAUCCUCUCUACACGUGCUGGUGGUCUCGGUAUCAACCUUAUGACCGCCGACACAGUCAUUCUCUUUGAUUCCGAUUGGAACCCUCAAGCGGAUCUUCAAGCCAUGGCGCGUGCUCACCGUAUUGGACAGAAGAAUCCUGUCACAAUCUACCGCUUCGUGUCGAAAGACACGGUUGAGGAAGAAGUCUUGGAGCGCGCCCGUAACAAGCUCAUCUUGGAACACAUCACCAUCCAUCAAGCAAUGACAGAGAAGGAAGCCAAGGCGCUCAGAUCCAAGCUUGAUUCUGCUGGCGUCUCCACUGCUGAACCCGUAGCACAUGACGAUCUCUCUCGCAUCCUUAAGCGUCGUGGACAAAAGAUGUUCGAGCAGUCCGGCAACCAGAAGAAGCUUGAGGAACUCGAUAUCGAUGCCGUCCUCGAGAACGCCGAAAUCCAUCAAACUGAACAGGCAGGCGGUGGCAUCACAGCAAGUGGAGGUGCAGACUUCUUGAAGAGUUUCGAGUAUACCGACGUCAAGCUUGAUCUCGAAUGGGAUGAGAUCAUUCCUAAGGAGCAUCUCGAGGCCAUCAAGGCUGAAGAGAAAGCCAAGGACGAAGCGCAAUACCUCGAAUCCGUCAUCGAAGAGAACCAGCCCAGAAACGCAAAGCGAAAGUCCAGAGAAGACGAUGCCCGGGAACAGCGAGCGGCCAAGAAGAGAGCUCGAGAUCUGGCUGCUCAAGCAGCCGCUGACAUCGAGUCUGACAAUGACUCCAACGCUGGCGCAGAUCCUGAGCGUCCAAUGAGCGAAAAGGACAUCCGUAACUUGAUCCGUGCUUACGAGAAGUAUGGUUCGAUUGAGGAACGCCAAACUGAAAUCAUCAAGGAAGCCAGACUUGUUGGCCGUAACAUCGACCUUCUCAAGGCUACUCUCGAGGAGGUUGUAGGCAUCAGCAAGAAACUCCUCCAGGACGAGCAAGACCGCGUCUUGACCCUCGAGCGUGAGACUAACAAGCCCAUUACCAAGAAAGACAAGAAGGCGGUUCUGUUCGAUUUCAAGGGCGUGAAACGCUUGAACGCUGAGACCUUGACCGAGCGUCCUCUGGAGAUGCGUAUGCUUCGGGACGUCGAGAAGCAGCUCGGUGAAAACUGGCGCACUUUCCGCAUUCCAGAAGCAUCCAAGCCUGCUCACUACACUUGUCCCUGGGGAGCUCGUGAGGAUGGCAUGCUGUGCAUUGGUAUCGCCAAACACGGUUAUGGUGCUUGGGUGGCCAUUCGUGACGAUCCUGAUCUUGGCAUGGGUGACAAGUUCUACCUGGAGGAACAUCGUGUGGGCAUCAAGGAAGAGCGAACCAAAGGCGACGAGAAGAAUGCAAAGUCGCCGGGAGCCGUGCAUCUUGUAAGACGCGCAAACUACCUUCUCAGCGUUCUCAAAGACAAGACAAGCAACGGCACCAAUCUUGCAGCCAAGAGGGCGCUUGAAAACCACCACCGUAACAACAAGAAGGCUCUCGCCUCUGGCAAUCGUCAAGCUGGAAGUGUGUCUGCAAGUCCGGCUCCUGGUGCGGCUCGUAAGAUGAACCGCGAGGAUUCGUACCGCUCGCGCCUUCACAAUGACCACCGUGGCUCAUCCGACCGUCGCCAGUCAUCUAACAACGUUGGCCACAGAGCAUCGCCUGGUGGAGCUGAGCGUAUCGACAGAAACAGACACCACCGCGAUUCUGAAUCCAGGAAGCUGCCACGUCAUGCUGGUUCUCCUCUGGCUGUCUCUAAUGGAGAUCGUCCAGCAUCUGAAGACCACAUGAGGCGUAUUGUUGAGCCUAUUCGUGACUGUUUGGGCCGCAUUAGAAAGGCCACAAAGAGUCACAUUCCGGACGAUAAAGAGCGUGCAAACAGUUUGAAAGAAUCACUGCAAACAGCUGGCAAGUUCUUUAAACAGAAGGCGGCUGAGAAGGGGAAGACGGUCGAGGACAAACUAUGGGACUAUCUUGCCGAGACGUGGUGGCCGCAGGCUAAGAACGUCGACAAACGCACGUCAGGUCAGAAGCUCCGAACUCUGUAUGAAAAGAUCGCAGCCGCCAACAAGGCGACCUAA